UUCUCUCUGUUCGUGUGUGCGUUCCAUUUCGCCCUCUCCUUUGUCGCUUUCGUUUCCGCUUUCUCCCUACACACACUUCGUUGAUCGAGGUCUCGAGCAUACUCACCGCAGGUCGGAGCCACUAUCGUUUGCAUAUACCCUGGACACCCGACAAAAAUGAACCAUUCGACCACAUUAUGCCCUGUGGCAUUCACGCCCUCUGCGCCGGCUCGCAAGGGCGAAGCAUACCGUAAUACAGUAAUCGAAGACGCACCGCAAGUCUCGCUCAGACGAGCCCCACCACAGAGGCUUCAAGCUCGGAAUCAAGUCACCUCGCCCUUGAGCGACGACUUUCCCACACCCAAGGCGAGCGCGACGUACACCACUCUGGAGAGCAGUCCGUCGUUAAGCAGCUCGAGCGCCGAUUCCGACUCUGAUCAGAGCUCGCUGUGGAGCAAGCGCAGCUCGGAAAGCUUUGACGAAUUGUACGACAUCACCGAAAGUGAAUCCGAGGAGGUGCCAAUCAAGCUCUCAACUUCGGUCAAGCGCCGCGUUGGCAAGAAAGAGACCAAGUCGCGUUUCCCUUCAAUCAUCAUCCCAUCGCCUGCACAGUGGCCCACAAUCGAGAAACUCAAGUCAGCAUCCGCGCUCUCACCACCUCUGCAAGUCAAUCUCUCCCCGUCCAUCCUUGCUCAGUUGCAAAAUCGCAACCUUCGCGUACCCAGCACCUCCUCAACACCUUCACUUGAUGGCAGUCAGACCUCUGAAGAGCUUGCGAGGUCAAGCUGCCCAUCGACUCCGGAUGUCUCUGAAGUCACCGAUGUCGAGUCUGCAUGGCGACCGCCACUUCAGCUAGACCCAUCGGCCAUCAACUUGCUCCGACAAAUCAGUGGGGAGGGGGACAGCCAGGCGCAGCAGACUGUCAUCGAAAUCCCAGAUGAGGCAAGGGCAGAGAUGAAGGAGAUCGUUGACUCGCCACCAAUCACUGGAUGCUUCAGGAUUGAUACCAGCAACCUGGCUCCACCAAACGCAGAUGAUGCCGAUGAUGAGCUAUCCGCCCUAUCCGUGCCAUCUCCCGGAGGAUUCUUUGCUUCGCUCGACUCGACCAUGGCUCGCAAGACAUGGGCAGGCUCUGAAGUGACGCCGAAUACUAGCACUGCAUCAGAGUUCUACGGAGUUCCCUUUCGCCCCGUUCGCCACUCGUCUCUGCCUACAAGCACCGCAGCUUCAUUCUAUAAUGUGCCAUGGAACCAGCGACCCGAGAAUCCCGUUGAGCAUGUGAUCGCUAUCGCGUCACCGACAAGCGCACAAGACCCUAUCACAGCUCGUAAGGUCGUCUUUUCUCCGACCGACGUCAUCAAUGAGGUCGAUGAGAUUGACGAGACAUACCAGGAUGUGCUUCUGGAAAACGCCAAUGCCAACAUUGAUCGAACUCAACUCUGGCUUUUUGCCCAGGACGCAUACAUGACUGCCAUUUGCGAGGAGGACGAGGUAGUAGCCAGCUUUAGAAACAUUGCAGACGUCACACCGAGAACUCCAGAUCAGGAGCGCCCUGCGUUUGAUGAAUCCUCUCCGAGCAAGAAGUCAGUCCGCUUUGCUGAAGACAAGACCGCUGCUGAGCCUUCUCAAGCAAGCACUGCCGAAGAUCGCCGCAUUUCUCCAAUCCACGACGGCACCUUCUGGGAAGCUUGGCGUCACACAAAACGCUCUCGGCGUGCUCGCGAUGUCUUUGAGCACAGACAAGCUCGAGCCGAAGCUGAACAGGUCAAGCGUGUCAGCCUUGCGAAGCAGCACGCUCGGCAGCUUUCAGGUAAAUUCGAGAUCACCCAGGCGGAGCGACCAGCACCUCAACGCCCAGUGUCUUCGUUCCUACCUACUGCUCCAGAAGACGAGAGAAAGGAGCUUAUCGCACAGGCGGACCGUGAGAGGCAAGCCUUGGACCAGAUUCAGUCUUCAUCGUGGCAUAUUGCUGCGCAGCGCGAGGUCAACGGCGGAAAGCUCCUCACCAGCCCAAUCGUACAAACCUUCAAAGGACGCAAAGAUGUUCAAGUUCUCGACCUCGCUGGCCAGGUUCACUGCAGCUGGGCAUGGUCCGUAGCUCAGGAACAUCCCGACGCUGCUGUCUACACCACUGUCUCCACUGACGCCGAAGCACACGUUCUGUCAUCCUCGCUUGACGGUCCCGGCAAUCACCACGUGGUCGCGUCGCCCAAGCUUUGGGAGCUGCCGUUUGAGAACAACUAUUUCGAUGUCAUCUCCGCCCGAAAUCUCUACGCUCACCUGAAGACGAUCUGGCCAAAGGGCAGCGCUGCUGAUGAGUGGGACCUCACACUCCGAGAAUGCCUCCGCAUUUUGAAGCCUGGUGGGUAUCUCGAAUUCGAUCUUCUGGACGCUGAGCUCGUCCACCCAGAUGCUGCCAGUCAAGCGCUGGGCGUCGAGUUUGCCUUCAACCUGAAGACUCGAGGCUAUGAGCCAUGUUCCGGCAAGAGCUUCCUACCACGCUUGAAGCGAGCAGGCUUUUGCGACAUUAAGCGUGCCUGGAUGGUUCUCCCUGUUGCAGAUGUCGUGCCACGCUGGUGCGACUCUGGCAAGGCGACCACUGCGGGCGGCGAGCGCACCAUCUCUGUCGACGGUACUGUUACAGACUUUCAGGCUCCGCUCACUGGCAGCACGAAGGACGUUCGCGCCAUGACUGGUCUUGUGGGUGGCAGAAUGUGGGAGCAAUGGAUGCUGAAGCUCAACAGCGAGAUGGGUCGCAGCGAGGAGCGACUUCUUGAUGAAGUUGCAAGAGCUUUGGACCAAGGCGGUAAGGGAAACGCUUCUUGGAAGUGCUUGGUUGGCUGGGCCCGCAAGGAUUUAUAUCACGUGAUCGAGGUGAAGCUCAAGCAAGCAAACUCUCUACGCUGCAACUUCAACUUUCCAAAGUCCAACCUCGAUGCUCCAGACUCUACAAUAAACGCCGAUCGCCUCUUACUCGUCGACAUGCUCUUCUUCAGCUUCUUCAAAACUCUGGUGAACCACGAGGUGACCGUAGAGCUCAAAAAUGACAUUUCGAUCCGCGGCACAUUGAAGAGCGUGGACCAGUAUCUCAAUAUCAAGCUGGACGACAUAUCUGUGGUUGAUGAAAUGAGCUAUCCGCACUUGAGUUCUGUCAAGAAUGUCUUCAUUCGAGGCAGCGUGGUGCGAUACGUGCACCUGCCAGCCGCUGCUGUGGAUACACCCUUAUUGGAAGACGCUACACGGAGAGAGCAGAGGCCUCGCAAACCGCUGCUAAAGCCAAGCAAGGCUAAAGUGCGCCAUGACUUCCACAUCAGCACAUGUACGAUCGCGAUCACGAAGAGCUAAAUCCGCACGCAAGACUGGGCUGCCGACUUGUCCACAAGAGGGCGAGGUUCUAAGCAAAUGGGGACAAUCAUUGCACAGCGGGCUAUAGAACACAGGCACAGGAAGCGCAAGAGCUGGAUAGUACAGUCCGCAGCUUACCUGGAUUUGGGAGAAUCUAUUUGCCCUUUCGAAGCGCAUCUGUCAUGAUGCCGGCCGCGAGCUCAGGUUUUUCGACCGCUCGUGAUGCUACGCGGACCAGAGGGAGGACGAGGUGGGCCUCAAAAGGUUGACGUGUGCGUUCGUGGUAGCCCCAGAUAUCAGGAUAUUCGCAGGAUAUGCAAGGCAUUCGAGGUCAGCUGCAAGGCACACGAUCAAGCUCUAAAGAAGAUUCCGCUGAAUGCAACCACAGCAUUCUUGAAACUGUGUACGCUCGACAAGAUAUGUAUUGAACCACGUUUCAUAUUCCACUGCCAUGGCGGCGGGGAAGCUGCGGACUAUACGACAGCUUUGGUGCGACCAGGCAAGACAGGAGUCUCGGGUCUUUAAAGGCUGGUCGUUUCGUCAAAUUGCAUUAGAUACACUCACCCUUCGCCUUCUACCUGCCGGGGAAAAUAACAGCACAUAGAUUGUCGCUCGC